AUGGUCAAACCGGACUUUACGCUGAUUGCUGAGGUUCUCAUGCUUGCUAGCGGCUUUCUUACGGCAAGCUCUUUGUCAACUAAAGUAGCGCAGGUUUUUUCAAUAUCAAGCGCUCUACUUAGCCAGCAAAUGCAUUAUGAUUGGGGACUUCGAGCAAUGAAAACGGUUCUGGUAGCUGCUGGACAGAUGAAGAAAAAUCAGCCUGAAGAUGACGAGGCAAGUAUAGUAAUGCAUGCUCUUCGAUCGGUUACUCCAAGACUUGUCACGGAUGACGUUCCUGUAUACUUAGGACUUAUAGCUGACAUGUUUCCCCAGCAAAGAUUACCUAAGGCAAGUGACAGCCCCAUGAAAGCCGCACUAGAAAAAGUUCUUCAAGAGCAGCAUCUCCAAGCUAUACCCAGCUUUGUAGAAAAGGGAAUGGAGCUUUAUGAAACCCAGCUUCUCAGACAUGGUUUGCUUGUGGUAGGAGCACCCGGAGUGGGCAAAUCAACAUUAAUCCUCGGUUUGUCAAGAGCAAUGUCUCACAUUCUCGAAAAGCAGAAUAAUUCGUGCUCUCCUGGAAGUGCUCAGCAUGAAAGCUUCGGUAUCACCGGUAACUGUGAGGUGUUGCGAGUGAACCCUAAAGCAAUGGAAGAGAGUCUGCUGUUUGGAAAAAUUGACUCCAAUACCACCGAGUGGCUGGAUGGAAUUGUAGCAGCGCGUGUUAGAGACGCCGUUGCGUCGCAGAGGAGCACUCACAAUUGGCUAGUCCUCGACGGCCCAUUAGAUCCAAAUUGGGCAGAAAAUUUGAAUUCGGCCCUAGAUGACAAUAAGCUGUUAUGCCUUAGCAAUGGGGAACGUAUUGUCCUGCCCGAAAACCUCAAGAUUUUCUUUGAAGUAGCUGUAAGAACAGUGCUUUGGUGGUUCCUCGGAACUUUGCCGAACUAA